AUUUCAUCUAGUCAAUCAGAAAUCAUUUCGAAAACUCCAUUUUUCAGAUUUAGCAAAACAUAAGUUCGUGGGAUAUCCCAGUAUAUUAUUGUCGUCAAAGUAUUUGCAAUUGUCAAACCAAAUGGCAAAUUGGACACUUUCCAGCCAAAAUCUACGCGAAUUUUUGAAGAUCGAACAGCAUUUCGAUGUGGUUAUUGUUGAAAUGGUCCUGUGUGACUUUCUAAUUGGUGUUGGUCAACAUUUCAAUGCUCCUGUCAUUGGACUUUCUGCCUUUGGCGCAUCGAAAUGGACGACCGAUCUAGUUGGCACACCGAAUUUUGCGUCGUAUGUUCCACACACGCAUAACCAUUUCACGGAUCGAAUGAACUUCUGGCAACGCAUGUACAACUCAUUGACCUAUUGGGUUGAAGAUAUCAUUACACUUUAUUACUACCUACCAGAUCAGCAAAAACACAUGGAAAUCCUUUUUCCUGAUGCCAAAAAUUGGCCAUCGCUUGAUGAAAUGAGAAGAAACGUGUCGUUAGUUCUGUUGAACACUCACACAACAAUCGGAACACCGCGACCAUACGCACCGAAUAUGAUUGAAGUCGGUGGUAUGCAAAUUAAAAAGAUAGUCGAUCCUUUACCACCGAAAAUUCAGAAAUUUCUGGAUGAAGCCAAGAGUGGAGCGAUCUUUUUUUCACUCGGUUCGAAUAUUUUAUUACAAAUGCUGCCAAAACCGAUGUUUGAUGCGAUUGUGGGUGCGUUCAGCUCGUAUCCCGACCAUCGAAUUUUGAUAAAAAGCCAUGAAAACAUAAUCAUCCCUUCUCACAAUGAAUCGAAUGUUUUAAUUGAGCCGUGGUUUGAUCAACAAUCAAUAUUGGCUCACGAAAAUGUCAAGCUUUUUAUUACUCAUGGUGGCCUUUUGAGUACAACCGAGGCGGUUUAUUUCGGUAAGCCAGUGGUUGGCAUCUCAUGUCUCUUCGAUCAGCACCUAAAUAUGUUUUUGGCUGAACAAAAGGGCUUCGGUUUGAAUGUGCCAAUUGUAUCGUUAACAGCAGAAAACUUAGCGACAGCUGUUCAAAAAGUGCUUGAUGAUCCAAGUUACACCGAGCAAGCUAAAAUUAUUUCAGAUAGAUUCCGCGACCAACCAUUGACUCCGUUGGAAACCGCAAUGCACUGGGUCAAGCAUGUGGCUAAAAAUAAAGGUGCUCCACAUUUGAAGAGUGUCGCUGUGGAGUUACCAUUUUAUAAAUUGUACAAUUUAGACGUGUGGACAUUCAUUGUCGGCGUCUUUGCAUUGGUACUAUUCGGAGUGAUAAAAUUAAUUCGAUCGAUUGGUUCAUUUAUCUUCAAAUCAUUUUCACAACAAAAGUUAAAAAAUGCUUAGGUACACAGACGAGUCAAUCAUUUGCUAUACAAAGUUUUUUUUAACUACACGUCCCAUGUUUUAUUAAUUACA